AUGUCAGAUUCGUCACACGCUGAACAAGUCUUGGACGAGUUGUUCCAGAAGUUGUCUGUGGCUUCCGCAGAUGAUUUGGACGACGUCGCCACUAACGUUGCAUCGUUUUUAAAUGGUCCUAUCGUUGAGCAUGAUGUUCCAUACGAGUUUUUCCAGAAGUUGGAUAAGGCUGUUAAUGACAAGAAGAACGCCUUCAAUGCUUUGGAAGCUGUUGUUCACAUUGCUUCAGAGGAUGAUUUGUCCUCUUCCGUUGAGCCAUACAUUGCUGAGCUUGUCCCAAGUGUCUGCGCAAAGUGCGGUGACAAGAAGGAAGAAGUCAGAGAACAGGCUGAGAAGGCUUUAUUGGCUCUUGCUAGGGCCAUUACUCCCUCAUCUAUCAAAUAUUUCUUGCCGAAAUUGAUCGAUUCUUUGGCUACCACCAGUAAAUGGCAAGAAAAGAUUGCAGAUUUGAAGGCUAUCUCUAUUUUGGUCGACACUGCCAAGGACCAAUUGGCUUUAAGAAUGCCAGAAUUGAUUCCUGCUCUUUCCGAAGCUAUGUGGAAUACCAAAAUUGAGGUUGGUAAGACUGCCACCGAGACUAUGACCAAAUGUACUGCUACCAUCGAUAACAAGGAUAUCGAGCCUUUCAUUCCUAAAUUGAUCGACUCUAUCUCUAAUCCUGACGAUGUUCCAGAAACAGUUCACGAUUUAGGUUCGACCACUUUCGUCUCCGAUGUUACCACCGCCGCUUUGUCUAUCAUGGCUCCUUUGCUUUCGAGAGGUUUAGCCGAGAGAGAAACCUCCAUUAAGAGAAAGGCUGCCGUUAUUAUUGACAACAUGUGUAAGUUGGUUGAGGAUCCUCAAAUUGUUGCUCCUUUCUUACCUACUUUGUUCCCAUCUUUGAAGUCUAACAUGGAUAUUAUUGCUGACCCUGAGGCCAGAUCCAUUACCCAUCGUGCUUUGACUACAUUGAGACGUGUUGGUGCCAUUCCUGAGGAUGAUACUCUUCCAGAGGUUACUACUGCUGGUGAUGUUGAAGUUAAUUUGGCCAUUUUGAAGAAUAUUAUUGGUAAGCAAGCUAAGCGUUUCGAUGUUGUCCAGACUUAUGUUGCUGCUAUGGCAGGUGAUUUGAUUGAUGAGAGAAAGACAGACUCUGAUUCUUGGAAUGCUUUGUUGGGUCCAUUUUUGACUAUCUUCUUGCACGAGAAGGAGGCCCACGAAGUCAUCGAGAAGUUCCGUGCUACUGCCAUCGAGAACAUUCCAACCCCUCCAGUCUUUGAAGAGGAGGAUGAUGAUGGUGAGGACUUGUGUAACUGUGAGUUUUCUCUUGCUUACGGUGCUAGAAUUCUUUUGAACAAGACACAACUUCGUUUGAAGCGUGGUAGAAGAUAUGGUCUUUGCGGCCCUAACGGUGCUGGUAAGUCGACUCUUCUGAAGGCUUUGGCAAAUGGUCAGGUCGAGGGUUUCCCAACACAAGAAGAAUGUAAAACUGUCUACGUUGAGCACGACAUUGAUGGUACUCAUGAUGAGACCUCUAGUACUAAGUACAUUCUUGAGUCUGAAAGUGUUAAUUACAACGAAGAAGAGAUCAAAAAUAAGUUGAGAGAGUUCGGCUUCGAAGAGGAGAUGUUGGACAUGCCUAUUGUUGCUUUAUCCGGUGGUUGGAAGAUGAAGUUGGCUCUUGCAAGAGCUGUCUUGCAAAAUGCUGAUAUCUUAUUGUUGGAUGAGCCAACUAAUCAUUUGGAUCACAUUAAUGUUGAUUGGUUGGUCAACUAUUUAGUUAGCUGUGGAAUUACUUCGUUGACCGUUUCCCAUGACUCUGGUUUCCUCGAUCGUACUGUGCAGUACAUCGUCCAUUACGAGGGUUUGAAACUUCGUAAGUACAAGGGUAACAUGACUGAGUUUGUGAAAAAGGUUCCAGCUGCCAAGGCAUAUGAAGAUAUGACAGCUACGGACUUAGAAUUCGAGUUCCCAGAACCAGGUUUCUUGGAAGGUGUUAAGACUAAACAGAAGGCUAUUGUGAAGGUGCAGGACAUGUCCUUCCAGUAUCCAGGUACUUCCAGACCUCAGAUGAACCACGUUACUUUCCAGUGUUCGUUGUCCUCCAGAAUUGCUAUUAUCGGACCAAACGGUGCCGGUAAGACCACUUUGGUCAACGUCUUGACUGGUGAGUUACUUCCAACUAGUGGUGAAGUUUACAUCCACGAGAACUGUCGUAUUGCAUAUAUCAAGCAGCACGCUUUCGCCCAUAUCGAUAACCACUUAGACAGAACUCCUUCUGAAUAUAUUCAAUGGAGAUACCAGACCGGUGAGGAUCGUGAGACUAUGGAUCGUGCCAACAGAAAGAUCAACGAGGAAGAUAAGCAAGGUAUGAACAAGGUCUUCAAGGUUCAGGGUACCCCAAGAAAGAUCGCUGGUAUUCAUUCCAGAAGAAAGUUCAAGAACACUUACGAGUAUGAGUGUUCUUUCUUGUUAGGAGAAAAUCUUGGUAUGAAGUCUGAGAGAUGGACACCAAUGUCUUCUGUCGACAACGCUUGGUUGCCAAGACCAGAGUUGAUUGAAUCUCACGGUAAGAUGGUUGCCGAGGUUGAUAUGAAGGAAGCUCUCGCAAAUGGUCAGUACAGAGCAUUGACCAGAAAGGAGAUUGAGGUUCACUGUACCAGAAUGGGUUUGGACCCAGAAUUGGUUUCUCACACCAGAAUCAGAUCGUUGUCUGGUGGCCAAAAGGUCAAGUUGGUGUUGGCUGCCGGUACUUGGUUGAGACCUCAUUUAAUUGUUUUGGAUGAGCCUACUAAUUAUUUGGACAGAGACUCUUUGGGUGCUUUGUCUAAGGCUUUGAAAGCUUUCCAUGGUGGUGUUAUUAUGAUUACUCAUUCUGCCGAGUUCACCAAGGGUUUGACCCAAGAGGUGUGGACUGUUCAGAAUGGUACCAUGACUCCAUCUGGUCACAAUUGGGUUCAGGGACAGGGUGCUGGUCCAAGAAUAUCCAAGAAGGAGGAAGAAGGAACCAAGGUUGAUGCCAUGGGUAACAAGGUUAAGCUUACACAGAAGAAGAAGAAGUUGUCUUCUGCCGAGAAGAGAAAGAAGAAGAAAGAAAGAAUGAAGAGAAAGAAAGAGUUGGGUGACGCUUAUGUCUCCGAUUCCGAUUCUGACUUCUAA